AUGCGCGCCGAAUUUCUCCUAAUCGUCUUAUCGAUUCUCGUUUUUUGGGCUGAAACUGGUAGGAUUUUCAGAAUUUUCAGCCAAAAAAAAAAUCUGAAAUUUUCAGCACCGAUUCAAAAACGUCAAGACGAUGCGGAUUGGUGGAAUUCCGAUUCUUCAUCUGAAAAUUCCAGAGACUAUGAGGAAUUUCUGGCGUGGAAGAGACGAAGGAACAAUUAUUUGAGGCGAAAACAGUGGGUUACUGUAGAUUUUUGGGUCCGGGUUACUGUAGGGCUACUGUAGAGCUUCAAUUUGAUACCAAACAUGGCUAGGUUUGGGUUACUGUAGCAAUUUUUCUUAGAAAUUCGGUUUUUGUUAUUUUUUAUCAGGUGAUCGAAAAAAUGUUAUGACGUGGCAAUUGAGUACUGUAAUUUUUUGAAUUUCAAAUUUGAAUCCAAAAAAGCCUUGGAUUACUGUAGAUUCCAAAAAAUGCGAGGAAAAAUCCGAAAUUUUCAAAAAAAAAGUACCAGAAAAUUUUACGUUUCAAAAAUGUGUGAUAAAAAUUUUGAUUUGUGAAAAAAUUUUGAUUUAUGCAUUUCGUGAAGCCUGAGAAGCCUAAAGAAGCCUAAAGAAGCCUUAAAAAGCCUGAAAAACCUAAAGAGCCUGAAAAGCCUGAAAAGCCUAGAGAGAAAGAGAACUUCCAAAAAUUUCAAAAAAAAAAUGUACCAGAAAAUUUUACGUUUCAAAAAUGUGUGAUAAAAAUUUUGAUUGAUGCAUUUUGUGAAGCCUUAGAAGCCUUAAGAAGCCUAAAGAAGCUUAGAGAAGCCUAAAAAGCCUAGAGAAGCCUAAAAAAGCCCGAUUUUUUCCAGAUACAACUACAAUUCCUCGCGCUGGCGUGACUAUCACUACCACUAUCACGAACCAUCACAAAACUACAAUUAUCACAACUCUCCUGGAUAUUCAUCGGGUUACGGUAGUGGGUACGGUAGUGGAUAUUAUCCGGGUUACGGUGGAGGUUACGGUGGCGGAUACGGUUCAGGCGGCGGAAUUUUCAGUCUUGGAUUCACGCGAGGUCUGGGAAUCUCGACGCCGAUUGGUGGAUUUGGAAUUGGAAGUGGAUUCGGGAUUGGGAUCGGAUAA